AUGUCAACAAGGCUGGCUAAUGGACCUGUAGACACAGCUCCACUAGCUCCAACUGCCAGCAUUAAACAUACAACAGCUGCGAAGGAAUUGCAUCCAGAAAAUGCCAGACCCAUGAUAAAUAAUCCAUGUACUAUUAUAUAUAUGGAUGUUUCGCUGGAGUAUCAUAAACCAAAAACCACCAACACAAAAACCAGAUUGUUCCAAUUACUCCAGUGGCAUAAAAUACUGAGGGCCAGUCAAACCACUCUAUUAGGUAGCCACACAUUGGGAAACUUUUAUAUAAUCAAGACAAAUGUAAAGUGUGUUGGUCCGUGUGAGGGUCUGGCUUUAUCUGCUCUGCGGACACGACUGCAUCGCCUUGCAUUCGCCGUGGGCGUGGACGGGUGUCCGCCCCCGCGCGCCCUUUGCCCUCUCGCGAGGGCGGCACAUUGUCCGCGUCUCCGCGCGAACGCCUUCUGUUUGCGCCUGUCCGAACCCCGUGUCACGCGCGUCGUCCCCAUCUUCAGUGCUGUCAGGCGGCUGUGGCAUCACUGGAAACACAAUUGUCGAUAUCUUAGAAUGCUACCAGGUUCUGACCACCCGCACACGCUGCGGAAUGUGGUUACCCAAGAGAACUAA